AUGGCGUGCCUGGCGCCGCAGUUCAUGUGGGCGCCGUCUGCCGCCGCCCACGUGCCUUCCUCCUCCUCGUCCUACUCCAGGUGCUCCGCGCUCCGCGUCCACUGCGCCGUCACCUCCGCCGUUGUCGUCCAGGACCGCACCAACGGCAGCGCGGCGCAGCUGAGGCUCGCUUACGCGGCUCCGGCGAUUCAGAGAAACUUUGAGGCAACUCUGGCAUCAGAAGCACUUCUAAAUGAAGAGGCGGUCGUAGAAGCUUCAGCCGCAGAGGCAGUUGCUCUUGCCAGAGCAGCUGCUGAAGCUGCGCAAGAAGUUGUUCAGAUGGUACAAAAAAACAACCAUCAGCCUAUAAUUAGACAAAAAAAGGGUGUGGACAACUACUUGGCAAAUGAAAUCCUUCGCACAGAGAUGCAAUCGAGCAGUCCUGACAUGUAUGCUAAUAAUCCUUUGAUGGAGGAUUUGGAGUCUUAUGGUAUCAUGGCUUCUGAAGAUGAAUUAGAUGCUUAUGCACAGUACACUGAGAACAUAGCUGUGAAAUCUGCUCGUCAAUCUGAGAGGAGAGCUAGGAGAACUAGAGCAGCAAUAAAGGCUAGCACAACUCUCCGUGCUUCACAAAAGGCUGCAUCAUCCUCAAAGAAGAAGCGGUCCAAGGGUUCCUCAUCUAGUAUGAAUCCUUUAGGUUCCUUGUGGAAGAUGACUGGCAGGAGACUUCUUACAGCCAAGGAAGAGGUUGAGUUCUCAGAAGGUAUUCAGGAUCUUUUGAAGCUUGAGGCGAUCCAAGCUGAGCUUACAGAGUACAAUGGUGGCCAGCCAACCUUCUCGCAGUGGGCAACAGCAGCUGGAGUUGAUGAGAAAACUUUGCGGAAGUGCCUGAAUUAUGGUAUUUAUUGCAAGAACAGAAUGGUAACAUCUAAUGUGAGACUUGUAAUCUCUAUUGCCAGAGAGUUUGAAGGCCCUGGAAUGGACCUUUAUGAUCUUAUUCAGGAAGGAAUGCAGGGCCUUAUAAGGGGAGCUGAAAAAUUUGAUGCAUCAAAAGGUUUUAGGUUCUCUACAUAUUCUCACUGGUGGAUCAAGCAAGCAAUGCGUAAAUCUGUCUCGGAGCAAUCCCAAAUAUUUCGCUUGCCUGCUCACAUGGUUGAAGCAAGUUACCGUGUAAAGGAGUGCACAAAACGACUUCGCCGUAAGCUUAGAAGACGACCCACCAAUGAAGAAAUUGCACUGGACACUGGUAUGCCAAUUAAACGAGUUGAGGCAGCAGUAAACCUCCCCAAGUAUAGUGUAUCCCUUGAUAGUAAAAUUGGUUCCACCGACAUGACAUAUCAGGAGGUCACAGCUGAUCCCAGUGCUGAGACAGCUGAAGAAAUGCUCAACAGAAUGUCCAUGAAGAAGGAUGUACACAAGGCACUAGAUACUCUGACCACACGCGAGAAGCAAGUUAUUGUUCUGAGAUUUGGGCUCGAGGAUGAUCGGAUAAGAACCCUGCAGGAGAUUGGUAACAUCAUGGGUGUGAGCAGGGAGAGAAUUCGGCAAAUUGAAUCUGGCGCGUUUCGGAAACUAAGGAGCAAGAAGAGGGUGAAGGCUUUGAAGGAUUAUCUGGUGCCAGUGGGCAAUUGGUGA